AUGGCAUUGCAGGUGGGUGAGAAGGGAGCGGGCCCAGGCGGGGGUGGGGGAGACUCCCCGAGUCCCCGGCGUCCUUCCCCAGGCCUGCAGGCUGGGAGGGCCCCCACCCUCCCGCCGGGAAGGAACGUUGCUCAGAGAGCCAGGGUCCUGGGGAACAGCACAUGCUGGGGCCCCCUGGACAAGUGGGGUACACCCUGCCCCCCCUUUUGCACGCAGUUUGAAGCCUUCUGUGCAGGGGGCCUGGCCCCGGGCUGGAGCCUGCUGGUCCAGGGACACUCUGACUCUGGAGAGGACAAGUUUGAGAUCAACUUCCUGUCUGAGGCGGGGGACAUUGCCUUCCACGUCAAACCCCGCUUCUCCAGCGCCACCAUGGUGGGCAACACCUUCCAGGGUGGCCGCUGGGGCCAGGAGGAGGUGUCUGGCGUCUUCCCGCUGGUGCUGGGGGAGCCCUUUGAGAUGGAGGUGAGCUCAGAUGCGGAGCACUUCCACGUCCACGCCCAGGACCACAAGGUGCUACAGUUCGCACACCGCCACCGGCCGCUGGCGGGCAUCACCCGGGUACAGGUGCUGAGUGACCACCGCCUGGCCCAGGUGGAGCUGGCCAGGAGGGACCUGAGUUGGUGGGAUGGGGGCCACUGAGCUGCGCCUGAAGUCCCCGGAAGGAGCCUAAGCCAUCAGCUGUCUCCUGUCCCUGGAGCCCACCCUGGGGGAGGAGGGGGGGCUGGUGGUCUGUGCUUCUGGGCCCCUCCCCACUCCACCUCCACCUUCAAUAAAGUUUGAGCAGGCUGCA